CAAUUCCAGGUUAGAUACCGUGAGAGAAUAACUAUCCUCCGCGGAAAUCACGAGUCGCGCCAGAUCACUCAAGUCUACGGCUUUUACGAUGAGUGUCUUCGCAAGUACGGAAACGCGUCCGUGUGGAAGCACUUCACGGACCUUUUCGACUUCCUACCCCUUACUGCGCUGGUGGACGGCCAGAUAUUCUGUCUCCACGGAGGCUUGAGCCCGUCAAUCGACACCUUGGAUCACAUUCGCGCCCUGGACCGUCUACAGGAAGUGCCCCAUGAAGGGCCUAUGUGCGAUUUGCUCUGGAGUGAUCCCGAUGACAGAGGCGGAUGGGGCAUAUCUCCUCGCGGCGCGGGCUACACGUUCGGGCAGGACAUCUCGGAGACGUUCAACCACAGCAACGGGCUGACGUUGGUCUCCCGCGCCCACCAGCUUGUCAUGGAAGGCUACAAUUGGUGCCACGACAGGAAUGUCGUCACUAUUUUCUCAGCGCCCAAUUACUGCUAUAGAUGUGGUAAUCAAGCCGCCAUUAUGGAAUUGGAUGAUGCGCUUAAGUAUUCAUUCCUGCAGUUCGACCCGGCCCCGAGGCGCGGCGAGCCGCACGUCACGCGGCGGACGCCCGAUUACUUUAUGUAGGCUGCACACAAGCGAAUAUGCAGCAGCGGGCGCUGCGCCGCUGCGGGGCCGCCGGGCCCGCCUGGAGGCCCGCGCCCUCGCGCCGGCCCAGCUGCGCUCUCCCCCGUAGGCCUCGUCGACGUGCAAUACGAAUGUAGGGUUGUGAUCGUCACUUUUCCCGGCGUGAACGGUGCAGUGAAUGGAAGUACCGGAUUCACUGCGGUCACUCGCCUGCGCGUCGGCCGCGCGGCGCUCGCGAGGAAAUAACGUGUCAUUUGAACCCUCGUUUAUUGUCCGUGACGUAAUAUGAAAAUUGUAAAGUUACUCAGUACAAGAUCAGUUCGUCUGCCAAAUUCCACAAUUGACGUCCCCAGUGUUGACCGCAAACGUAUUGUAACGCGUUCGUCUUAUUUCCUCGACGGCCCCGCGGCGGCCGAGCGACGGGGCGGCGGCGCCCGGUUGCAUUUAAAUUAGUAAGUGAACUCGUCGCGAAGUAGACCGAUAUGUUGGUAUGUUCAUUGUAAGCCCCGGCGGCAAGCUGCUCCUGUAUCUACACAAUUUAUGUAUC